AUGGGUUUUCUUUGUUCCCCCGAUGUCCGGGUAAGAGGCUCUACCAUCCGCGUUUCGACAUGGAUGACAAAGCUUCUGGUUAGAUUUGCUUUCGUCAUGGCCGUUGCGCACGGGCAGAUUCGUUAUUCUAUUCCCGAGGAGAUGAACAAGGGAUCGGUGGUGGGAAAUAUCGUUCAGGAUCUCGGUUUGGAUGUUAAGAGACUGAAAUCUGGUCGAGCGCGGAUCUUUACUGAGGACAGUCGUGAGUACAUCGGUCUGAAUGUGGAUGAAGGCACUCUGAUAGUAAGAGAGAGGAUAGAUAGAGAGGAGCUGUGCGCUCAAGUGUCUCCAUGCUCUAUACAUUUUCAGAUUAUUUUAGAUAAUCCAGUGGAGCUUCAUCGAAUUGAUGUUGAAAUAUUGGAUAUUAAUGAUAACGCACCUGCUUUUGAAAGAAAAGAAAUCAAUAUUGAAAUAACGGAAAAUGCAGCCAUUGGUUCACGGUUUUCUUUAGACAGUGCGCAUGAUCCUGACGUUGGGCUGAAUACACUGCAGAGAUACACUCUUAAUCCCACGGAAUAUUUCACUUUAAAAGAAUUAUCUCGUAGCGACGGUACAAAAUAUGUUGCAAUGAUUUUAAAAACUCCGUUAGACAGAGAACAAGAAGAAGAGCAUAAAUUAAUAUUAACAGCAUUUGAUGGUGGGUCUCCUCAUAAAUCUGGAACAUUUAAGAUCACUGUCACUGUUCUUGAUGCAAACGAUAAUUCUCCUGUGUUCAGUCAGCCAAUAUAUCGAGUGUCUUUGUCAGAAAAUAUUCCGAAAGACAGUUUAGUAGUAACAGUUAGUGCUACUGACAAGGACAAAGGAUCUAAUGGAGAGAUCACCUACUCAUUUUCACAAAAUUCAGGAAAAGAGGCCAUGGAAUUAUUUAAUAUUAAUUCAAACACAGGGGAAAUUAAAGUAAAAGAUAUCGUAGAUUUUGAAAAAUCUAAACAAUACGAACUGAAUGUCGAGGCAAUAGACAAAGGCGGAUUAACUGAUACCAGUAAAGUACUCAUUGAAAUUAUUGAUGUUAAUGACAAUUCACCUGUAAUCAGUGUUAUCUCAUUUUCUAACCCGAUUCCAGAGGAUUCUGCUACGGAGACUGUUAUUGCAAUCCUAAAUGUUAAAGACUUAGACAGCGGAAAAAAUGGACAAAUUAAAUGCACAGUGAAUUCAAAUCUGCCGUUUCGCAUCAAAUCGACAUCCUCUAAUAUCUACAGUUUAGUUACUGACCGUAUUUUAGAUCGUGAAAUGUUUUCUGAAUACAAUAUAACGAUCACAGCUACAGAUGAAGGUUCUCCAUCUUUAUCUACAAAUAAAACACUGAGGCUCAAAAUAUCUGAUGUGAACGACAACGCUCCUGUUUUCCAGCGUCACUCAUACACGCCUUAUGUUAUGGAAAAUAAUUCACCUGGAGUGUCUAUAUUUGCAGUGACAGCGACUGACAGAGACUCUGGGAAUAAUGCGCGCAUUUCUUAUUUUUUAGAAGAUCUUUCUGUGAACGGAGUUUCUGCUUCGUCUUAUAUUUCCGUUAACGCAGAGAGCGGAGAGAUUCUCGCUAUUCGGUCUUUUGAUUUCGAGCAAACAAAAGAGUUUAAUAUUCGCGUAAAAGCGCAAGACGGAGGCAACCCGCCUCUCAGUAGCAACGUGAGUGUGAAAAUUAUUAUUCAGGACCAGAAUGACAACGCGCCUCAGAUUCUGUAUCCAGUACAAACUGGUGGCUCUGUGGUGGCUGAAAUGGUUCCUCGUUCAGCAGAUGUGGGAUAUCUUGUCACUAAAGUGGUGGCUGUGGAUGUGGACUCUGGACAGAAUGCCUGGCUCUCAUAUAAAUUACACAAACCGACAGACAGAGCGCUGUUUGAAGUGGGCUUACAGAAUGGAGAAAUAAGAACUGUGCGUCAAGUCACUGAUAAAGAUGUUGUGAAACAGAAGCUCACUGUUGUAGUGGAGGACAACGGACAGCCAUCUCGUUCAGCUACAGUCAGUGUUAACGUGGUGGUGGCGGACACUUUCCCUGAAGUGCUCUCAGAGUUCACUGACUUUACGCACGACAAGCAAUACAAAGACAACCUGACAUUUUAUCUAGUCUUGGCCUUGGCUGUAGUUUCUUUUCUCUUUAUCGUGUCCAUCAUAGCUAUUCUGUCAGUGAAAUGCUACAGAUGGAGACGUGAGCGAAUGUUUUACAAAUCCGCUGCCAAUCUUCCGGUUAUUCCGUAUUAUCCACCUCUUUACGCAGACGUGGGAGGAACAGGAACUUUACAACAUAUGUACAAUUAUGAAGCUUACAGAACCAGUGACUCUAGAAAGAGUGAUCUGAAAUAUGUCAGACCUCCUACUGAGAGCAUCAUUAAUUUGGACAGCAGUGGAACACAGACUCUUACAUUUGCUCAGAGCCUGAAAGCUUAUGACGAAUCUGAUCAGGUGAGACCUACAACCAAUUACACUCAGAAUGGCCAUCGUUUUUGA